AUGGCCACCAACGGUACCCCCAGCCUUGCUGACAAUGGUCGCGUCAACAACGGUCUCCCAAACGGAGUCCCUGAUGUGAACUCUGAUACAGACCGGAUUAAAUUCGCGUACUGGGUACCCAAUGUCUCCGGCGGUCUGGUGAUCAGCAAGAUCCCGCAGAAGACCAACUGGGACCUGCCUUCCAACAUCAAGUACGCUCGGACUGCGGAGCAGGUCGGCUUUGAGUAUGCCCUUUCACAAAUCCGCUUCAUGGCAGGCUACGGAGCCGAGCACCAGCACGAACCGGUCUCCUUCUCGCAAGCAAUCCUACACUCGACACAGAAGUUGAUCUUGAUUGCUGCACUGCUGCCGGGUCCAUGGAAUCCAGCAGUCGCGGCGAAACAGAUUGCCAGCAUUGAUCAUUACUCCGCCGGCCGAGUUGCGGUGAACGUGGUUUCUGGCUGGUUCAAGACCGAGUUCACGAGUAUUGGGCAGUGGUGGCUUGAUCAUGGCGAGCGGUACCGCCGCAGCUUCACCUACAAGGGGGACUUCUAUCAAUUCCACGACUACCCGCUUUCGCCGAAGCCAUUGAAGUGGGACGGCAGGCCGCAUCCCGAGAUCUUCCAGGGUGGAAAUUCGAUCGAUGCAAGAGAGAACGCCGCGACUGUGUCGGACUACUAUUUCAUGAACGGAAACACACUGGAGGGCUUCCAAUCCCAGAUCUCGGACGUCAAAGACAGAGCCCGCCGCGAAGGCCGCGAGCAUGAAGUCAAGUUUGCGCUGAAUGCUUUUGUAAUCGUUCGCGACACCGAGGCAGAGGCCAUCCAUGUCCUGCAAGAAAUUCAAGGCAAGGCCGACGCUGAAGCGGUCGAGGCUUUCCGAAAAGAAGUCCAAAAUGCUGGAGCAUCGACCUCGAACAAAACCGGCAUGUGGGCCAAUAGCAAAUUUGAGGAUCUUGUCCAAUACAAUGAUGGUUUUAAGACGAAGUUAAUAGGGACAAAAGAGCAAAUAGCUGAUCGGAUUUUGCUGUUGAAGAGUUUGGGAGUCAGUAUCCUCUUGACCGCCUUUCUGCAUUAUGAUGAGGAGAUCGAGAGAUUUGGGACGGAGGUGAUCCCGUUAGUAAGGAAGCUUGAGGGCGAAGGUAGGGGCAAGGAUCAAGAGGAUGAGAUACGUCGGACUGGAGACGUCUAUCGAGCCAGAAAUCCUGACGAAACAAAGAAGUAA